UCUCUCUUUCACCUAACCUUCUCGUUUCUCUUACUCUCUCCCUCCCUCUUUCGCUUUAUUUCUCCCAAUACAAAAAAAUGUCAGUCAACCAUUACUCCACGGACCACCACCACAACCACACUCUCUUCUGGCAGCAACUCCACACCACCGACGCAACAGAGACCACCACCGCCACGUGGCUCAACCAAGACCAGAAAGAGUCUCUCUUCGAGAAAACUCUCACACCAAGCGACGUCGGCAAACUAAACCGCCUCGUCAUACCAAAACAGCACGCGGAGAAAUACUUCCCUCUCAACGCCAUCUCCAAUAAUGCUGACGCGUCAACGGAGAAAGGGAUGCUUCUAAGCUUCGAAGACGAGCUAGGCAAGUGCUGGAGGUUCAGGUACUCUUACUGGAACAGCAGUCAAAGCUACGUGCUGACUAAAGGAUGGAGCAGAUUCGUCAAAGACAAGCAGCUAGACCCAGGCGACGUCGUUUUCUUUCAAAGACAGCGUUCUGAUCCCCGGAGACUCUUCAUUGGCUGGCGCAGACGCGGCCAAGGCUCCUCUUCCGCCGUUGCCAAUCCGACGUCGUAUUCUAGCUCAAUGGUAGAUGCUCCUCCGUAUCUCCAAGUCCACGCCUCUAGUAACUACUCUAAUCCUCCUUCUCACUCGGAGUAUUCCCACUACGGCGCCGCCGUAGCAACAGCGUCGGAGACUCACUCCAUACCAUCGUCUUCCGCCGUCGGGAGCUCAAGGACGGUGAGACUUUUCGGUGUGAAUUUGGAGUGUCAGAUGGAUGAAGAUGACGGAGAUGAUUCUGUUGCCGCCCCGAACGCCACCGAGUGUCCUGACGGUUAUUAUGGCCAAAACAUGUACUAUUAUUACACUCCUCAUCCUCAUAACAUGAAUAUAGCUUUCACGGGGGAUACGAUGAAGCAGCUUGGAGAUAGACGAGGAUGAAAGAUCCAAAGAAGUGACAAAGAAUUUGGAAUUGACUUAAAGCUUUUAUGGGACCAGACUUUGAGCAUUCUCUAUAGUCACAGAGGCUCAUUUUCUGGAAAAAUUGUAUGCAAUUUUUAAUAAAAAUAUCUCAUUGGCUUCCGUACCCUAUGUAACUAAUUCGGAAAAUAGAAAUAUAUAUUGCUGAA